ACAAACACACACACAAAUCAUUGUCAAAUCAAAACAGGACAAACAGUCAAAAGAACAUCAGCAUCAAGCAAAAGAUGGGACUCCGCUGACUUAUAGCACUGUAGGCUGCAAAUGGAGGGUGACAAAUGGCGAUGUGCAUAACAUUGAAAACUACCCGCCACGCAGGCUACAUUGAAAACAAAAGAUGAAGAUCAACAGUUCAACGGUGUUGGUUGGAGAUAAGGUAGUGCUUGUACCAUAUAAAGAGCACCAUGUGACAAGGUACCAUGACUGGAUGCAGUCCUCAGAGCUGCUUGCACAGACAGCAUCUGAAAGACUGACACUUGACCAGGAGUAUGAAAUGCAAAAGAGCUGGUAUGAGGACACAAAUAAAUGUACAUUCAUUGUGCUCGAUAAAAGGAGGUGGAGGCAAUCUGCAGAUGAAAUAGAUAGCAUGGUUGGCGAUGUUAAUUUAUUUUUUAACGAUGAAAAUGAUCCACAAACAGCAGAAGUUGAAGUUAUGAUAGCAGAACCAACAUACAGAGGUCAAGGUCUUGGCAAGGAGUCUGUUCUGAUCAUGAUGCAUUAUGGUGUUUCCAAAGUUGGAGCCAGACAAUUUACAGCUAAAAUUGGCUACAACAAUAAACCAAGUUUAAUUCUUUUCAACAAACUUGGUUUUAGUCAGGUUUCUUCUAGUGACGUAUUUCAAGAAAUGACCCUGCAGCUUUAUGUUGAUGAUAAAACUCUCAAAGAAUUGAACAGUUAUUAUAUGCAAUACGUAACAGAGCAGAUAUAUCCAUACACAACUCCUGGUUAAUGUCUGGAAGUAUUAUUUGCAUUUGAUAUAGUAAGAUAAAGUAAUGUUGGUGGUCAUCAAGUUAGUGUCAUGGCACAUAACACUGUCUUCUAGUAGUCAUGCAUACAAAGGCUAUUAUAUUAUGUCAGUAAUAGUAAGGUGAUGUGCYAGCCUAUUACCUCUUCAUGAACUACUUGAAUAUAAAAAAAUAAUUUGUCAAACAAUAAAGGCUUUGUUCCAAACUUCUAAAACAAAYAAAGUAUGUAAAAUGCAUGUACACUGUAAUUCUGUCUUAAAAUUUAAAAGUUAUCUUAUCCUCCUACAAAUAUUAUUAAUUUUUCDAACAUGAUGGAUAAAGCUUUCUUAAAACAUUUGGUCCCCUUUUAUAAAUGACACUUAAAUUUCUUUUUUUUAAACCAGUUUUAAGGACUUUUAUUGGUGCACUCUAUGGACCUUUAUGGUUUUUAGACAAGGUAUUUCUUUCUGUAUCUCUGAUUCAGUGAAAGGGAAAUAAAAAAGCUAGUAUUUGCUAUUGGUGAUUUGAGAUAAUCAAAUCGUCCUUUGUUCAUGCUUACUAUGCCACUUGCUAGUUUUGACCUGAGAGAGGAGAAAUAUUUCUUAAAUUCAUGAGUGAUAUCCCUAGAUUAUGUGAUACUAUCUACAGUGACUUUCUCAGGAUGGACUUCAUUUUUAUUCUUGACCAUAUCAUUUUACGGURCUCUCGGCCUCGUGGACUACGAGCUAAUAGCCCAUUCGGCCUCGCAGACUCSGCCUCAUGGGCUAUUAGCUCGUAGUCUACUCGACCUCGAGGUCUAAUUGUUAAAUAGCCUAAACCAGUAGUUUCAAAUAAAAACAGCUGGACCCAUAUAUACACUUUUAAUAUUAUAAAUUCAAGGUUAUGAUGUAAACACUUUUUGACACAACAUGAAAACACUUUUUGACAUAACAUGCUGUACAAAAUGUAUACAAUACAAUUUAAGGCUAUGAAUUAUUUACAAUAAAAMGAAAAAAAUUCA